AUGGUGUCGACUAAAUCGCUGGCCGCCUCAUGGCGACUGUAUGCUAUUGUCGCGACUGGGCUGACGGGCCUGGUACGCGCAAGUCCCUCAGUCAAUGUUGCUCUGCAGGCAUCCUUUGAUUCAGCACCGUAUCUUCUGGAGCUUUUAGAAACAGCUGCAGAAGAGAACACAACCGCCUACUUCCCCCUCCUCGACCGCAUCGCCGACGGCACCUUCGACGACCUUUCAACAGACCAAGACCUUUACGAGCGAUUCUUGAAAAUCGUCCACGAUGACGGACACCUUCGAACCCCCGAAAGUCUAUCGUCAUUCAAACUAUCGCUGGCAGUCCGGUCGGCGGCUCCCCGGAUCUCAGCCCAUUAUCAGUUCUACAAUACGUCUGUCCAGCAUUCGCUGAUGGCGGCGCAGGAUGCGGCGUGUCCGAUGUGGGUCCAUUAUGAUGGGAGUCAGUAUUGUUCAUCUGCUAUGGAGAGAGCACAGCAGGAUGUUGAGGGGGAGUCGAACUUGCGAGUGCUUCCGUUCGAUCGCGUCUUUGGUGACAAGUCGCUGCCGCCUGCUGUGUUGUAUGCGGAUAUUGCUUCGCCUAUGUUUAAGGAGUUCCAUCAAUCGAUGACUGCUCUUGCGAAGGAGGGACAGUUGUCGUAUCGUGUGCGUUACCGGCCUCAGCAGCAUUGGACUUCGCGGCCUCUAUAUGUGUCUGGAUACGGAGUGGAACUUGCGUUGAAACGGACGGACUAUAUCGUGGUCGACGACCGGGAUGCUGAGCAUAGAGGUAAACAGGAUACCGCACCAGGCACAGAGGACAAGGAAGCUGCACCGGAUGAUCUCAAACCGUUGUCCUCUUCCGAAGUGGACCGUCUGGGAAAGAACACCGUCAGCUACGUGAUGGACAGUGAUGCUCCCCUGGAUAGCCUGGUGAAACUUUCCCAGGACUUCCCCAAGUAUUCCGCCCAUGUAGCAUCUCACAAUGCGAGUGCUGAGCUUUUGGAGGAUAUCCGCAACAAGCGUGGUCGCAUGCUUCCGCCAGGAGCCAACCUUAUGUGGAUCAACGGCGUACAGAUGCACCCGAGCAAGAUCGAUGCAUUCUCCCUUUUGGACCACCUGCGUCGAGAGAGAAGGUUGAUCGAGAAGUUCCGGGACCUUGGCAUGCCAGCUCAAGAGGCCGUAGAUUUGCUCUCUCAUCCAUUGUUGGGCGAGGCGCUGGUACAGGAUACACCGCAGCGUUUCAAUUACAAGGAUGACAUUGAAGGCGGCCACGUCAUUAUUUGGAUGAACGAUAUUGAGAAGGACGGGAGGUACAAGCAAUGGCCAGAUGAGAUCCACGCGUAUCUACAACGCUCAUAUCCUGGCCAAUUGCCUGCUGUGCGCCGCAACCUGCACCACGCUGUCUUCUCGGUUGAUUUGACCGAUCCGCAAGACAUUCAACUAGUCAUUGAACCCAUCCAGAUGUUUGUUAAGCGGAAUAUCCCCGUGAGAUUUGGCUUAGUUCCUACCGCUUCGUCGCCGGGUGCUAUUGCGCAGGCUAAGGUUGCUCAUUACCUUCAAGACAAGUUUGGCCUUUCGAGCUUGCUACAGUAUUUGGAAGAGUCUCUCAAAAAGAAAAAGACGGCGUCACCCGAUAAUUCCUGCUUCCAGUCUGCGACGAAGGGCCGGAAUGUGCGCCCUGGACGACAGCCUCUCUCACUGGAAGAGACCCUGGCAAGUGAUGAGUAUGAGGCCAUAGUUUCCCAAACAGCCAACUACCAAUCUCGACUUGGGAUCAACUCCGGGAAACGAGACUUCUUCGUUAACGGUAUUCCGUUUACUCGCGAAGAAUCAUGGACGCAAGAGUUGAGCAUGCAAGUCAACCGGGAUCUGCAGAUGGUUCAACAGAACAUCUUUGAAGGCACCAUUGACGAUGAUGCAUCGUUUUCGAAGUUUUUGUUGUCUGAUGCCGUUGAUCGACGUAAUCCGUUGAUUACUCCCCAGGAUCCCAAAGAUGUCCGCAUUCUGGACGUUGGGAAAAUUGUGGACGCGCAUCAGGAUGCUUUAAACGAACUACCCCGUUUAGCGUCGAGCGCAGAGAAUGUGCUGGACAGUGCUCAUGUUAUUGUGAUCGGCGAUUUUGAUUCUGAAAGCGGUGCUCAGUUGCUUACUGCAGCCUUAAACUUCCAAAAAGAACAUGGCCAAACGGAGGUUCUUUUUUUGCACAACUCUGAUGGACAGAAGACGGCAAAGGAAUCUGCAAGACUUUACAAGUCGCUCAAAGAAGACAAAAAAGCUGAUGCCACGCAGAUCUUGGUUGACAUACAGGGGUCAGUAGUAUCGGAUGCGGAAGCUGAAAAGAUCUCUCAGACCUGGGCAGCGUUGCAGCCUCUGACUGGCGAGCUUGGAUUCAUUCCUGGAACGACAGGCGUUGUUGUCAAUGGACGUGCAGUUGAUAUUCCAGAUGAAUCUGCUCUGGAUUCAGAGGACUUCGGUCUACUCUUAACGUACGAACGCACGAGACGAAUCACACCAGUUGCCAAGGCUGUUGACGACCUUGGAUUCAGCGCGAAGUUUUCUGGUCCUUUGGAAUUUGCGAAGCUCACGUCUCUAGCUGCUCUGUCGACCAUUUCGGAUGUGCCCGAGGGCAUGUUCGAAUCCUCUUCUGAUAUUCGAUUGAAUCUAUUCGGCAAGUGGACGGCAUCACCUUCGGUACUUACAGUAUCCAACUCGGAAGAUCCCACUAUUAACAUUGUCGUGUCCAUUGACCCAACCUCGGAGUUGGCCCAGAAAUGGCUUCCUAUUCUGAAGGUUGUUUCCGAACUGGCUGGGGUGCAGCUCAAAAUCUUCCUGAAUCCCCAGGACAAGAUCAACGAACUUCCUAUCAAGCGGUUUUAUCGCUACGUGCUGGACUCGAAGCCCUCAUUUGCUGCUGAUGGAUCUUUGGCUAGACCUACAGCAUCAUUUUCUGGUGUUCCUCUGGAGGCGCUGCUAACACUGGGCAUGGAUGUCCCAUCACCGUGGCUUGUGGCUCCCAGGGACUCUGUCUACGACCUGGACAAUAUCAAAUUGAGCGCAGUCAAGAGUGGUAACGUGGACGCUACAUAUGCCCUGGAGCACAUUCUGAUCGAGGGACAUUCGCGGGACCUAACCGCGAAGUCCCCUCCAAGAGGCGUCCAACUGAACCUUGGCACAGAAGAGAACCUUGAGUAUGCGGACACCAUUAUCAUGGCUAACGUGGGCUACUUCCAAUUUAAGACGCAGCCCGGAUUGUGGAAGAUCAGCCUGAAGCCCGGACGCAGUCAGCAAAUCUUCAACCUUGACAGCGUUGGAAGUCUCGGAUAUAGUCCUCAACCCGGUGAUGAUAAUACCGAGGUGGCACUGCUUUCUUUCCAGGGGACGACGCUCUUCCCGCGUCUCUCGCGUAAGAAGGGUCAAGAGAUGGAGGAUGUCCUGGAGACGGGUCCUAAGCCGGGCUCUGCGAUGGAAUAUGUGUCCAAAGGACUUGACUUUGCCUCUGGUGUACUGUCAAACAUGGGUGUUAGCACCGGAGCCCGUGUCAAUGAGCAUGCCGACAUCAACAUCUUCUCCGUCGCAAGUGGUCACCUCUACGAACGCAUGCUUAACAUCAUGAUGGUCUCCGUGAUGAAAAACACCUCCCACAGCGUCAAGUUCUGGUUCAUUGAACAAUUCCUCUCCCCCUCCUUCAAAUCAUUUCUCCCGCAUCUCGCCGCCGAAUACGGUUUCACCUACGAAAUGGUAACCUUCAAAUGGCCGCACUGGCUGCGCGCCCAGCGCGAAAAACAGCGCGAAAUCUGGGGCUACAAGAUCCUCUUCCUAGACGUCCUCUUCCCCCUCUCCCUCGACAAAGUUAUCUUCGUCGACGCAGACCAAAUCGUCCGCACGGAUAUGCACGAUCUCGUCACGCUAGAUCUGGACAACGCACCCUACGCCUUCACACCGAUGUGCGACUCACGCACGGAAAUGGAGGGCUUCCGCUUCUGGAAGCAGGGCUACUGGAAGACUUUCCUCCGCGGAAAACCAUACCACAUCUCCGCGCUGUACGUCGUUGACCUCAACCGCUUCCGGGCACUCGCUGCAGGAGACCGUCUGCGUGGCCAGUACCAGAUGCUCUCUGCGGACCCGAACAGUCUGAGUAAUUUAGAUCAAGAUCUACCGAAUCACAUGCAGCAUAACUUGCCGAUAAAGAGUCUGCCGCAGGAGUGGUUAUGGUGUGAGACGUGGUGCUCGGAUGAGGCGCUGGGUAUCGCGAGGACGAUUGAUUUGUGUAAUAAUCCGCAGACCAAGGAGCCGAAGUUGGAGAGGGCGAGGAGGCAGGUUCCUGAGUGGGGGGUUUAUGAUGGGGAGAUUGCGGCUUUGGGGGAGAGAGUUAGGAAGCAGCAGCGGGUGGAAGAGGAAAAGGAGCAGGUGGAUGAAGAGGGUACGGAAGAUGGUUCCGAGUGGGAUAAGGAUGAGCUGUAG